GAGGGAGAGAUGGUAAAUGGCAGAGCCCAGAUUUGAAUUUAGGUAGUUUUGAUUCCAGAUCUUGUACCCUUAAUAUUCUUAGGGCGUGUUCCUUUAAAUCAUGCUUUGUCACCCUAUUGUCACUGCUGCAUGGAAACUAAACAUGGCUAUGUCUUUCCCAGGUGGCCUGUUCAGAUCCCACAAUGGCAAGAGCCGAGAGCCUUGGAAUCCAUGUGAGCUUUACCAAGGCAUGUGCAGAAACACCUGCAGAGAAUAUGAAAUCCAAUACUUAACCUGCCCAAAUGAUCAAAAGUGCUGCCUGAAACUUUCUAUGAAAAUAACCAGUUCUAAGAAUGUGAAGGAGAAUUACGACUCUAACUCCAACUUGUCAGUUGCAAACAGUUCAAGCUACUCUCACAUUUGAAUAUCACCA